CAUCUAUGGCUAGCACGUCGUUCUAGUUGUCAGCUUGCGUGCUUUUGCUGCAUGGCUAAUAUUGUACGCUGUCAAAUUUCUACUCCUAGCGCAGAGGAGCUGGUCCAAUGGCGGCAGCUCAAUUUUGAGAAGCAUCGCCCUCGGAAAUGGCGGACGCUGGGGCUGCUGGAGAUCUUCCGCAGGAUGCUAAGGUCAUCAUCGAGAUACUGCGAUCGAUGGGGGUGGAAAACUACGAGCCGCGAGUUGUGAACCAGCUCCUGGAGUUCAUGUAUCGAUACUUCACCGACGCCCUCAGCGACGCACGAACCUACUCGGAGCAUGCAAACAAGCCGGCAAUCGACAUUGAUGAUGUGAAGCUCGCAAUCCAGUCUCGGGUCAACUUUUCCUUCACGCAGCCCCCACCGAGAGAGGUUCUCCUCGAGCUCGCAAAGCAGCGAAACAGCAUUCCUCUACCAGAGAUCGAGCCUCGGCCAGGCUUGCGUCUGCCUCCUGAUGUGGACACUCUUACCGCCCCAAACUAUCAGAUAGCAACGCCAGAUGAACGGCCACAAACAACGCGGUAACAAAGAAUUUGAGGCUUUGUGUGAUGCGUACCAAAGCCUCUUUAUGGUUCUGGGAAGUACGUGUUACCGGUCCUGUGUAAACAACUUUUGAACAAAGGGACAACACACAUGGAAGGAAGCAUAUGUUUUGUAUGCGUCAGGAGUUAGCAUAGGAAUUGGCAGCUAUCCUAGGUUUUCUCUGCAAUUGCGAUUGCUCAGUUGGGUUGGGCGCAAGAGCUUUAUGCAGCAAAGCUGUGUAAGUGUACUUUAGAUUCUAACUAAGGUGUGACCCGUCAUUGUUCUCGGGAAGAUUGACUCAGGCUUGGCGGCCGCUCUGCUAUAGCAGAAUGGGAAGUUCAGGGCGCCACCAAACGCUCUCCGAGCAGAUUCUACACAUUGGUAAGUUGUCGCAUGCAGUCCGCAGUGCGUAUGAACGGACAGCCUGCACAUCCAGGCGCAGCUUAAAGAUGGCCGCCGUGCUUCAAUCAUGUGCGAUGUGUUCUCUUUUGAACGCGGG